CAACACUUUCCCAAACAUACAUUUUCUUUUCCUCCAUUUUCCUCAUUCCCAAACACCCUUUACUUCCCUCUAUUCUCUUUCAAUUCCUCCCUGCUGCUAUUUCCAAAUCCCAUAAUUAAUCUUCCCUUUCAUCCAAACUCCCAGUUCCCAUUUCCCCACACUUUCAAGCCAACUCUUGUUUCUUAAUCUUUCUCAUCCGUUCAAAUUCCCAAACACUUCCUUCCUGUAGUAACAUUUCCAUCUUUCUCUUCUUUCUUUUGUUUUCUACAAGAAAAUCAGAGAUUUGAGCUGGUUUUUGCUCGCCCCAUGCUUAGACUCUUUAAUUUUUGAGCUUCACAAUCGUCGAUUCGGAUGUAUAAUGUUGUCGAGGCCAUUCUAGGGUUCCUUAUUUAGAUUCUCAAAGCUCAAACAUGCCAACGGAGAGUUUUUCACUUUCCAGCAACGAAAAUGAGGCCGAGUACUCCUUUGCAGUGGAAUACACUGGCCCUCCGGUGCCCUAUGAUUUGCCUCGUGCCGUUCCCAUCAACAUCGAGAAAAUUCCGGUCGCUGCGGUGGUCUCUAAGGUAUCUCUCUCCGAAACUGAGUUGCAUAUACCGAUUGUGCGGCCGAUUUUAGCACCAGAUCGUAAAAUGUUCUCUAAAGAGCUCCAUCCCACUGUUUCUCCGACCUCAGUGAUCGAUACCCACGAUUGCGUGUCGAAAGAGCUGGAAUUGGGGUCUGAAACAACAGUUUCGCCCACUUCUGUUAUUGCGUUCGAGGAGACAGUUGAGGGGGAUAAUAAUAAUUGCGUGUUAUCUGGUGAGUUAAGUAGCACUGGUGCAGACGAUUAUGGAAAUUACGAGUCUGGUGAAUUAUCUGAUGUUAUUCAUGGCUUUCCGAAGCGGAGAGGGUCUUGCUCUGUAAGCAACGAGCAUAACACGAAUGGUUAUUCUGAUAGUUUUGAUAAAUCAAGGGAAUGUUCGUCAGGGCUAAGGGUGUCCAAUUGUGGGGAAGAGAGCUUGGAUUUUAAUGAUGACCUGAAUCAGCCUGACUGGGCGUCAAAUGAGUCUGUUUUGAGUUUGGAUUACCCUUCUUCCAGGGUUUCUUCUCUUAAGACUGGGGAGUGUAAUAAUGAGUGUAAUGGGGAAGUUAGGCGGGCCCAGGUUGUUACUUUUUGUGAUAUUGGGUCAGAUGAUGGUGUUAAUGAGGAAAUUAGCCAGGAUGAGCAGCCUCAGAUUAUUAGAGCUAAGAGAGAGCCACAAACGAAAGGGAAGAAGGGGUCAUGUUAUAGAUGCUUGAAGGGGAACAGAUUCACAGAUAAGGAGGUUUGUCUUGUCUGUGAUGCCAAGUAUUGUAGUAACUGCGUGCUUCGAGCUAUGGGGUCUAUGCCAGAAGGAAGGAAGUGUGUUACUUGUAUUGGGUUUCCAAUUGAUGAAUCAAAGAGAGGGGGUUUGGGGAAAUGUUCUCGAAUGCUUAAGCGAUUGCUUAAUGAUUUAGAGGUCAGACAGAUUAUGAAGGCUGAGAAGUUAUGUGAAGCGAAUCAGCUUCCUCCAGAGUAUGUUUGCGUGAAUGGCAAGCCUCUUUGUCAUGACGAAUUGGUAAUAUUGCAGACUUGCUCUAACCCACCAAAGUUCCUAAAGCCUGGAAACUAUUGGUAUGAUAAAGUAUCUGGUCUUUGGGGAAAGGAAGGACAAAAGCCAUCUAAGAUAAUUAGUCCCCAUCUGAAUGUUGGUGGUCACGUACAGCCAGAUGCUAGCAAUGGAAAUACACAGGUUUUCAUAAAUGGUCGAGAAAUUACAAAAGUAGAGCUUCGGAUGUUGCAGUUAGCAGGGGUUCAAUGUGCUGGCAACCCACAUUUUUGGGUGAAUGAUGAUGGAUCGUACCAAGAAGAAGGGCAAAAGAAUACUAAGGGAUACAUUUGGGGAAAGGCUGGAACGAAGCUUCUCUGUGCUGUUUUGUCACUGCCUGUUCCUUCUAAAGCACCAAAUCCAGAUUUUGAUCAAGUAAAUAGUUUGCCUAGCAGAAAUGUCCCUGACUACCUAGAGCAGCGGGCAAUUCAAAAAAUUCUUUUGGUUGGAUCUAGUGGAUCUGGGACAAGUACCAUAUUCAAGCAGGCAAAGAUUCUUUACAAAGAUGUACCAUUCUCAGAUGAUGAACGUGAAAACAUCAAAUUGACCAUCCAGACUAAUGUAUAUGGCUAUCUUGGUAUACUUCUUGAGGGCCGUGAGCGUUUUGAAGAAGAGAGUUUGGGUGAAAUGAAGCAAAGGAAAUCUUCUGAUGAAACUGAUCCUACUGGAAGUACUGAUAAUGAUGUCAAAACUGUGUAUUCCAUUGGCCCAAGGCUUAAAGCAUUCUCUGACUGGCUUCUGAAGACCAUGGUGUCAGGCAAUUUGGAAGCUAUUUUUCCAGCUGCUACACGGGAAUAUGCACCAUGCGUUGAAGAGCUAUGGAAUGAUGCAGCCAUUCAGUCUACCUACAAGAGAAGGAGUGAAUUGGAAAUGCUACCAAGUGUUGCUAAUUAUUUCCUUGAGCAGGCUGUUCAUAUAUUGAGAACAGAUUAUGAACCCUCAGAUUUGGAUAUCCUACAUGCUGAGGGUGUUACUUCAUCAAAUGGGCUCGCUUGUCUGGACUUCUCGUUUCCCCAAUCUACAGCAGACGAAAACAUUGACACAGCUGAUCAGCAUGACUCUUUGCUCCGGUACCAAUUAAUUAGAGUACAAGCAAGAGGCUUAGGAGAAAACUGCAAGUGGCUAGAGAUGUUUGAAGAUGUUGGAUUGGUCAUUUUCUGUGUUAACUUGAGUGACUAUGACCAGUUCUCUGUAGAUGGAACUAAUAAGAUGCUGCAGAACAGGAGAUUCUUUGAAAGCAUUGUUACUCAUCCAACCUUUGAACAGAUGGACUUCCUUUUGGUACUAAACAAAUUUGAUCUGUUUGAGGAAAAGAUAGAGAAGGUACCAUUGAGUCAGUGUGAUUGGUUUGAUGAUUUUCAUCCAGUGAUCAGCAAUAAUCGCCCCAAUUCAAACACAAACAGCAACAGUAUCAACAAUAAUCCCUCUCUGGGCCAGCUGGGUUUUCACUAUAUUGCUGUUAAGUUCAAGAAGUUAUUUUCUUCUCUCACUGGGCGGAAGUUAUAUGUUUCUCUUGUGAACGGAUUAGAGCCCGAAAGUGUUGAUUCAGCUCUUAAAUUCGCCAGGGAGAUUCUGAAAUGGGAUGAAGAGCGAGGCAUAUUCAGCCUAACUGAAUGCUCAAUGUAUAGCACUGAGGCAAGCUCCUUCUCCCAUUGAUGCUUUCAUGCUUGAUCAGAGAAAGAUGCGGUAGCUUUAUCAUCGCAAGUGUGUAUAUAUUAUUGGCCCUUAACAGACUCGACAAGCAUUUUAGGUAUUCCUUCAACUCAUGCCAAAGCAUAUAAUGGGGGAAAUUAGCAUACAAGUUACACUGAAAUCUGAAAUCUCCGCGUGCUCAAUGUACAAUGCUUUGUGUAGCUUUGCUGUCCUCUUGGACAGAGUUGUUACAUUCAUUUGUAAGAUAUGAUUGAGAUGUAUGAUCCAGUAACUGGCUAGAAUGCGGUCCAUUGUAAGGCUUCUUUAAUAUAAUGCAGUUUUGAAA